GUUUGACAAAGUGUGUUUCAAGGCACAACAAAGACCAUAUUAAAACCAUUCAGGAAUGGUUUUAAAAAUAAUGAUUUUUCAACACAACAAUAGGUUGUGUUGGUCAGUGUAAUACUCCCCCUAUCAUCCCAAACCGAAAAGUCGUUUCGGCUGACCUUUGGGCCGGUACAACGUCUGGUCUGGGAUCGUGGGUUGGUCGUAGCACAAUAUACAUACAUAUGUACAUAUGAAUCAGCCGAUAGAGCCAAUGCAAAUCUAGAGGAGAGAGGGUCACUAUCGGAAAUCGGGAAUCGAUAAGCAGUCGGCGCUGAUAGUACGGAAUACAAAAUACUUAGUUUAUUUAAUUGCUGUUCGUCGGCUCGACCAAGUUUCAGUUGCAAUUAGUUUCCACCAUGAACUUCCUGCUGCGCUUUGUUAUUUUCUGCCUGGAUCCUCUGGGCUUGGGUCGUCGCUUCCUCAUCCGUCCGACCUUGAAUCUCGCUUGGAACGUCUACGAUCGCCUCCGCAGCAAGGCGGAUGAGAAAGUAGGCACGGUGCGGGAACUGGUCCUGCGGCUAGGACUCAUAGCCUUCGCCGUGGUUCUCAUCAUCUGGCUGGCGGUCUUCAUGUACGCCGCUUUCUACUACGUCUUCAUGCCGGCCAUAUCGCACACACGACCCGUCCACAUGCAGUUCAAAACCUGCUUAGAGACCAGUACGCCCUGCACCUUUCCACAUGCCCACGUCUCGCUGACGAAGAAGCAACAGCUUCUGAUGGUUGGCCAGACUUAUAAGGUGAUCGUGAACAUCGAUAUGCCGGAAUCCCCACAGAAUCUGGAACUGGGUAUGUUUAUGGUGUGCGCCGAGAUGAGGGACUACGAUUCAAUGCUGAGAGGACAUUCCUGCCGAUCAGCAAUGAUGCGAUAUCGGUCGCCACUGAUCCGCAUGAUCUCCACUUGGGCUUUAAGUCCGCUUUAUGUGCUUGGUUGGAAGGAGGAAUUCCAGCAGGUCCCGGUAGAGAUAUUUUCGCGGUAUUUGGAGGAGCGACAGCAUCCCAUUACAGAUGUCUAUGUGGAGAUACAGUCGCAAAAGAUUCAGUUCUAUACGGUGACACUUUAUAUAGUUGCCGAUUUUACCGGUCUGCGGUACAUUAUGUUCAACUGGCCAGUGUUGUCGGCCAUAGUGGCCAUUAGCACCAAUCUAUUCUUUAUACUGGUCAUCUUUCUGCUCAGCUGGUACCACUGGUCCGACGCCAAGUGGUUGCACAGCGUGCAAAUCAAAUACGCCCGGCUCACGAAGUCGCUGGAACCCGGCCUAAUCCUCUCAAAAACGAGCAGCCUUCGGGAUGAUGAUGAUUUGUUUGCUUACGGUGAUAAGUCUGACAUUGCAGACGUGGGUGGAGACACACUGAGCGAUGUGGAUGCAGAUGAUUUGGUGUUGGUCAAGAAAUCUGGCAGUGUUAAGGAUGCUACCCAGGAUUCACUGCGUAAGCGUCAUUCGAAAAAGACCACUGCGGACCACUAAGAUGAGGAGUGGCUGAAAUAAAAUAGAGACAACCAUUCACCACCGAAGCCGAGACCACCGCCCAUGCUACGCUUGAGCCAAAGACUAAAUAGAUUUUAGGACUAAGUUAGUAAACACAGCUGCCAAAUGAAGUAUUCAGGCCAAUUUAUGCCUUGAAUUAUCCCAAUUUGUACUUAAAGCAGUCCAAUUAGUUCAACAUUAAUUUAUUUAAGUGGUGGAUAUUUUGUUUAUUUAGAAAUCAUAGGUAUUAUUGACAUUCCUUUUGAUAGAGUCGAUAGAAUCGUCAAUUGUAUACCCCCAGUUUUCUGAAGCAGCUAAAUUGUACACGUUAUUUUAGAUUUCAACCAUUUUAUUUUGAAAUGUCACAAGCUUAUUAUUUCUUAUUAUUGAGGGAGUUAGGAGUUCGAAAAUUAAAAUUCGUCAGCACAGGUACCACUUUUCUUGUGAGAUUUUUCUAACCAACGAAAACGGUUUGUGACGGACCAAAGAAUUUAAAGAGCAUAUUUGAACAAAUUUUAUAGUUUUCCUGUUAGAACUUAGCAUACAGCAUUUCAAUAUUUAGAAAAUAAUUAUUUUCAGGCUUCUGCUUCA